AUGCCUUCUUCCGCCCCUUCUUUCCCUCCUUUCACGCCAUACGUACAACACAACCGCACCCCCCUCCCCCCCCGCUCGAAUUCCCGCCCCCUCCCCGCCUCCGUCUCCCGCAUCCUCCCCUUCCUCUUCCUCGGCCCCGUCUCCGCCACCUCCAACGGCCCCUUCCUCACCUCCGCACACGUGACGCACAUCCUCUCCAUCGGCAAAUCCCCCGCGCCAAACCCCACCGCCGCCGCCAUCACGUACCACCGGCUCGGGCUGCUCGACAAGGCCAGCGCCGACAUGGCCGCCGUGGUGGCGCAGUCUGUCGCGAUCAUAGAUGCGGUGGAGCGGGACGGCGGGGUCGUGCUUGUGCACUGCUCUGCUGCGAUCUCGCGCAGCCUGGCGGUCGUGGCGGCGUAUCUGAUGCUGCGGCGCGGGAAGACGCUGAGGGCGGCGUUGGAGGAGCUGACACGGGGCGGGGCGGUGGUGGCGCCGAAUGCGGGGUUCCUGCGGCAGCUGGGAGCUAUGGAGGAGAGCGGGGUUGGUGGGAAGGCGACGGUGGAGGUGGGCGAGGGCGAGCUGGAGGGGACGAGGAGGGUUGGGGAUGUCUUGGGGAAGGCCGGGGUGGAUGAGUGA